AUGGAAAAGGUCGUAAUCCCCUCCCCCGCGCAGCUCGCGCUGGCAAUUGCCAUCGUCAAGCUGAAGCCCGUGGGGAUCGAGAUCAAGGGUAAAAGACAAAUCCCGCAAUAUCUCCUGCAGAUACGCCAAAACAUCAGGAACGAGAACCAGACCGGUAGAGCUUCCAGCAGGGACAAGUUCCUCGACAGCGUCGCCUUCUGGCAGCAGGCGUACGAGCGAUCGGAAGCGGAGCAGAGCAAGCUCCUGGAUCGCAUCUACGAGUUGGAACAACGCAACGAAUCCCUCCUCGCCCGCAUCCAGGGCACGGUCCACACUGGGCAGGAAGAAGACAAAGGUGUAGCACCAUUGAAACGAAAGGCCACGGCGCCGAGCAAUGGGGCCAGGAAUAAUACUACGAUGCGAAAGAGAGCCAAGACACAGACGCCGUCGGAGAUGAGGGCCACUUUGCUAGCCUGGAAUGCCCCUCCAGGGUCCAAUGAAGGUGUGGUUGAUAUGUCGGAGGGUUCCGAGCAAUUCACAGCGCCCUUUAUGAGACAGUUCUACACCCUCCAGAAGGUCUUGCAGAAGCGGCCCAAUCAUGCGAGUAUUGUGAAGGCAGCCGUUGAGCUAUGCAGUACUGCGACCAGAAAUGUCCUUGGUGCCAUUGAAGAACCAGCAUCCAAGGCCACCCUCCAGCUCAAGAAGCCCGAUGUCUUGGCGACUCUACAUAGCACGGCGUCCGCUUAUGAGCUUUUGAUACGGGCAUUGAACAAGUUGUCGGCAACUGAGAAGGCUAUGCGAGACGCAGGACGGAUUAUUUAUCAGAUAGUGCGUCUAUAUGAGGCUAUCCUCGAAGCCUUGAGCCGAUAUUGCUUGUUGAAAACCUCGCACACACCCCUUGGCACGACAGUAGGCGCUAGAACCGCUCGACGAAGGCAAAGGGCGAGAACGCAGCGGUCCAAAACUGCUUGUAUGCAGAAAGACCCGGACGAUGAAACAGCCACAGAGAUGAGCGCGUUGUUGAGUAAAAUGGCGCUCUCACUUGACAAGUCUAGCAUCCAUGAGCAAAGUGUCCUGGAGGGGUUUCUGUUCGUUCUUCUCAGUCGCGUGGGCAAGCUACUCUGCUUGUUUACCUUCCAGGAUCUGCGUCUACGGCCCGAUCUCCGCGUGGAUCCUUCGAAGCUCCCACUGCCGGAAGGUCUGAAGGAAAUGGACGUGGAUGACAAGUCACUCCACGCAGCAGCGAUUGAAGCAAAGCACCUUGUCUGGCCUUUGGAGAGGAUCGUGGCGGCACUAGAUGCCCCUUCCGCAUCGCCAUCGGACUCCGGCAUCGUUUCUCGGAGCACACCGUUCGUUGCGAAGGUGAAAGAUAAACUACAGGGCACUCUACUCCAAUCCGUAUUCGGUCCUGACUCAACCUGGGCAACCACUCUACAACGUCCUGUCCAGCCCGAGGAGCGGGACCUGGAGAGACUCCGCGCCUGCACCCAGAUCCCUGAACAAUCCGUGCCGGACUGGUUCGUGCAAGAGGUGUGGAGACUCUUCGGCUGGGAGCUGGUCGCCAUGAGCGCGUCGAAGGCGUAGGGGCCGCGGGUCUAGCGAUGCAUGCCUGUCUAUCGCU